AGGAGGGCGAGCGCCGGUCACCUCCGCGGGCGCCGCCCGCCGCCCUGAUUGGUUGCUAAGUGAUUUGCAUCCAAGGGACCCUGCCACAGAGCGCGCCGCACCGCGGGCCCCAGUUCAGCCAUGCUGGCCUGUCUGCAGAGGACCCAGAACCCCCCGGGCCAGCACCUGGCCUGCCCGAGCAAGAGCCUGGAGCUGCGCAAGUGCGAGACGGUGGCCAGCUCCAUGCAUUCCUCCCGCUACCCGAGCCCGGCCGAGCUCGACGCCUACGCUGAGAAGGUGGCCAACAGCCCGCUGUCCAUCAAGAUCUUCCCCACCACCAUCCGGGUGCCGCAGCACAAGCAUCUGGGCCGCACGGUCAACGGCUACGACACGUGCGGCCAGCGCUACAGCCCCUACCCGCAGCACGCCGGCUACCAGGGCCUGCUGGCCGUCGUCAAGGCCGCCGUCUCCUCCAGCGCGGCCGCGCCCGCAGGGCCGGUCAAAGGCGUGCUCAAGAGCGCCGAGGGCAAGCGGACCAAGCUGUCGCCAGCCGUCGUGCAGGUGGGCAUCGCGCCCUACCCGGCGCCCAGCACUUUGGGGCCCUUGGCCUACCCCAAGCCUCCGGAGGCGCCCGCCCCGCCACCCGGCCUGCCCACGGCCGCCGCCACGGCCGCCUCCGUCAUCCCCCUGCCUGGCCGCGGCCUGGCCCUGCCGCCUUCCAACCUGCCCUCCAUCCACAGCAUCCUCUACCAGCUCAACCAGCAGUGCCAGGCCCCGGGCGCGGCCCCCGCCGCCUGCCAGGGCGUGGCCGUGCCCCAGCCCAGCCCGGCCAAGCACGGCCCGGUGCCCAGCUUCCCCAGCCUGGCCUACUCGGCCGCCGGCCUGCCCGACUGCCGCAGAGGCGCCGAGCUGGGCCCGGGAAGCACGGCCUUGACGUUGGCCGGAGCCGCCAAGCCGGCCGGGUACGUGGACGGCAGCCUGGACUACCUGCUGUGGCCGCAGAAGCCACCCCCGCCGCCGCCCCAGCCUCUGCGGGCCUACAGCGGCGGCGGCACGGCGGCCAGCAAGUCCCCGGAGGCCUGUGGGGGGCGGGCGUACGAGCGGGCCGGUGGGUCCCCCCUCACCUGCGGCGUGGGGCUGCCGGCGGGCCUCACCGUGGGCCAGUACUUUGCGGCCCCCUGGAACAGCGUGCUGGUGACGCCCACCAGCGACUGCUACCACCCGGCGGCGGCGGCGGCGGAGCUGGGGCCCGGGGGCGCCCGGGAGCUGGCGGGGCCGCCCGCGGAGGCCCUCUCGGGCCUGCCCGGCAGGAGCGCGUGCGGCACGGCGGCCCUGAGCAGCAGCCUGCAGUCGCUGGAGUAUCUCAUCAACGACCUGCGGCCGCCCUGCAUCAAGGAGCAGAUGCUGGGCAAGGGCUACGAGACCGUGGCGGUGCCCCGGCUGCUCGACCACCAGCACGCCCACAUCCGCCUGCCCGUCUACAGAUAAGGCCGCCCGGGCCGCACGGACGAUGGACAGGGCGCCGACGGGGAGGCGGGCGGAGGACGGCGGUCGGCGCGCAGGGGCCACUGGUGCCCCCGGGAAGCCGGGCGGGCCGCUGCCGGGUCCGUGGAGGUCUGGCCGGUGACCUGGCUCACCAAGGCCCCUCCCCCCACAUCAGCGGCCCCCCAACACGGGGAGGGCCUCCCUGGGUCCACGCUGGCAGAGGGAGGGGAGAGCCACCACCUUCACCGCCAGUGUUCCUCUGGGAGGAGCUCAGGCCAGGGCGGGAGGCAGGAAGAAAUGGGGGCUUAGUUCAGGGGGGCUCAGUAGCCCC